ACAGUGACCAAGCACGUUUCUGGAAAUGGCUAACUUUUUCUUUUUUAUAUUUUUCAGCCUAGGUAGUUAAACUGUAUCCUUUGACAAUUAUAUUUGCCUUGCCAACCUUGAAGAGUGCAAUAAAACCUCAGAUAGAAUAAGGGCCAAAAUUUAGGGUAAUAAUGUACCUGAACUCUUUUAAAUGAGGAUUGAAAUGGGAAAAUCCUCUAAAAAUUUUAAAAAUCACGUAAAGGUACUCCAAAAUAGAUAAAACUAUUUUUCUUUAAAACGAUGAUGGACAAAUUCAAUUUUAAAAAUGUAAAAAACCAACAAAUUGUCCACUACAGACAUCUUUUGGCCAGAGUACCAACUAACAAUUCCCGGUGACAUGAAAAAGCCAUUUCUGGGCUUUUAGGUAAGACAGUAUCAUUUGGUGAAACCUUCAGUGCUCCCAUUCUAGAUGGUGCAAAAGGUUUAUUUUGUAUAAAAAGACAUUUCUAAAUUGUAAUUUAAUAAUUUGCAUAUAAGUGGAAGAAUUCAAAAUAACUAAUAAAGAUUUAUCUUGAAAUUCGUUAUGGCGUUUCAAUUUCUAUAAAUAAUUUACUCAUUAUACUGGAAAAUUUAUGUCAAGUCAUAAUUCCUAUUUUUUUUUCUAAAACUUUGUGUUCCAAGUCAACUCAUGAGUACAUAACCUUUCAAUCUUCCGCUGAAUUGUGCAAUUUUCUACAGUAUUGCGAUUGGAUUUGCUUAGGUUGGAUUGUAUAGUUUAUUGUAAUACUUUCACACGAAUGAGAUUAUUUUUUUUUAGUCUGCGAGUGGGGAGUAAAUUCGUGUUGAAACAAAGUUACUCGUACAUUAGACCAACUGUCUCUCAAGUAAACAGAGAAUUUAAAACCGGCAUUAGUUCUUCAAAAACUAAUCCAAAUUGGGGUUCAACUAAGACGAAUAGGAAAGUUAAAUUACUUUACCCUCUUGACAUGGCAGAUCCAAAAAUUGAAGAAGCAUUGGCACCACUUCGUGCCAGUGUUAAAGAGCAGGGUGAUUUGGUGAGGAAACUUAAAGCAGAUGGAGCACCAGAAUUAGAUGUUAAAAAAGCAGUCGCUGAACUCAAGUUUCGUAAAAAAUUGUUGGAAGACAAGGAGUUAUCUUUUGUAUCAGAUACUCAAACUUUUGAUCGAGCAAAAAUGGAAGACCUCUUGAAAAGAAGAUUCUUCUUCGAUCAGUCUUUUGCUAUUUAUGGAGGUAUUACUGGUCAAUAUGAUUUUGGACCAAUGGGUUGCGCUUUUAAAGCCAAUCUUUUAAGUGCUUGGAGAAAUUUUUUUGUGUUAGAAGAGCAAAUGUUGGAGGUUGAUUGUUCAAUUUUAACUCCAGAGCCUGUUCUAAAAGCAUCAGGCCAUGUAGAUAGGUUUGCUGAUCUCAUGGUUAAGGAUGUGAAGAGUGGAGAAUGUUUUAGACUUGAUCAUUUAAUUAAAGCACAUUUAGAAAAAAUUGCUGCUGAUAAGAAAACUGAUGAUACAGUCAGAGAAGAAUGCAAAGAUAUUGUUGUCAAACUUGAUGGAAUGAAUAAAGAUGAGAUGGCUGCAGUGGUCAAAAAAUUCGAAAUGAAAUCGCCAUCAACUGGAAACGAUUUAACUGAUCCAAUUGAAUUCAAUUUGAUGUUUGGAACACAAAUAGGUCCUUCUGGUUUAAUUAAAGGAUUCCUAAGACCUGAAACAGCUCAAGGAAUAUUUGUUAAUUUUAAGAGGCUUUUGGAGUUCAAUCAAGAACGACUACCUUUUGCUGCUGCUCAAAUUGGAAACGCUUUCAGGAAUGAAAUCUCUCCUCGUUCUGGUUUAAUUCGUGUUAGAGAGUUUACCAUGGCUGAAAUAGAGCAUUUUUGUGAUCCAAAUAACAAAUCUCAUCCUAAAUUUGAAUCAGUUAAGGAUACUGUUAUGCUUCUCUACUCUGCAUGUAAUCAAAUGGAUGGUAAAAGUGCUCAAUCAAUUCCUAUUGGAGAUGCAGUCGUUUCAGGUCUUGUAGCAAAUGAAACGUUGGGUUACUUUAUGGCAAGAAUUCAACUGUUUUUAAUAAAAGUCGGAGUAGAUCCAAAGAAGCUCCGAUUUCGUCAACAUAUGAAUAAUGAAAUGGCUCAUUAUGCUUGUGAUUGUUGGGAUGCAGAAUGUUUAACUUCUUAUGGAUGGAUUGAGUGUGUUGGAUGUGCUGAUAGAUCAGCGUAUGAUUUAACUCAGCAUACUAAGGCUACAGGAGUAAGAUUAGCAGCUGAAAAGAAAUUACCUGAACCUAAAGUUGUUGAUGUUUGUGAAGCAGUGCCUAAUCGAGGAGUUGUGGGAAAAAACUUUAGAAAUAAAGCAAAGAGUGUAUUAGAAACAUUAUCAAAAAUAGGAAAAGAAGAAUUAAAUGAUUUAGAAACAUCUUUAGAAACUUCUGGGACAUUUGAUCUAAAAUUAGAUGAUGGCUCCAAUAUUUCUAUUACGAAGGAUAUGGUGAUAGUCAAGAGAUAUCAAAAAACUGUACACGUUGAAGAAAUAAUUCCUUCUGUUAUUGAACCUUCUUUCGGAAUAGGCCGAGUAAUGUAUGCAAUCUUUGAGCAUAAUUUUAGGAAACGUGAAGAUGAUGAAAUGAGAACUUUCUUAAGCUUGCCUCCAGUGGUGGCUCCAUUAAAAUGUUCAAUUUUGCCUCUUAGUGGGAACGCAGAGUUUGUUCCAUUUAUUAAACAGCUGUCGCAAGGACUAACGAGAGCUGAUGUUUCACACAAAGUUGAUGACUCUUCAAUAAGUAUUGGAAAAAGAUAUGCUCGUACUGAUGAAAUUGCAAUUCCAUUUGGCAUCACAGUCGAUUUUGAUACUUUGAAAGUUCCUCACAGUGCUACUCUGCGAGAAAGAGAUAGUAUGGGUCAAGUCAGAAUCAAUUUAGAUGAAAUUCCUGGUGUUGUGAGAGACUUGGGUAAUGGGAAAAUUACUUGGGCAGAGGUAGAAGCCAAAUAUCCUAAAUUCGAACAACAAGAGUGUACUAAAGCUUAGUACUUGAUAUAUAUUAUUGAUGAAUAUUUUGCUUAAUUUAUUAUGUAAUAAAUAUGAGUUGAUUUACUACUCUAGAUAUGAAUAGCGAUAAUUAAAUAUUUAAUUUUACAAUGAAAUUGUUAAUUUUUACAAUUUUUUAGGCUUACAAGGAAAUUAUGUCAAGUAUUUCAAUUUUCAAGCAUUUUUCAACAGCAUUUAUAAAUAAAAA